AUGGGACUUGUUGCCGGUCUCAUUUCUGGAAUUCGGAACCUCGGCUUUGGCCUGCUUGAGGCUAUUUUCCUCCGCAUUUACUAUCCGAAGUUUAUGAGUGAGGUUCUGGCACCUCUUACAAACCGCCUCGUGCCAGCGGUUACGCCAUUACUUUCUAAACUUUUGGCUCUCCCCAAUCUCAAGUUGUAUCCCGUGAAGAAAACGAACGAAACGGGUAAACGGCCACAGCACCUGAAGAUGAUCAGCACAAGGGCCGCUCCUCUCAUCCCGUCGCAUUGCCGAACUGAAGUGGAAAAUUAA